AUGUGCGGGAUUUUCGGUUAUGUCAAUUAUUCUACUGAGAAAGACCGCAGGUAUAUUCUCAAUGUCCUUCUCAAUGGUCUCAGUAGGCUUGAGUAUCGAGGUUAUGACUCCUCAGGGUUACUUGUGGAUGGUGACUGGGGGCAAGAUGUCUUGGUAUUCAAAGAGGUUGGAAAGGUCACAAAGUUGAGGGGACUUAUUGAGAGCUCCCGGCCAAAUAUGGAUAAGACUUUCCAGACCCAUGUUGGAAUCGCUCACACAAGAUGGGCAACUCAUGGCCCACCUUCACGCGUAAACUGUCAUCCUCACCGGUCAGAUAAUACAUGGGAGUUCGCGGUUGUUCACAAUGGCAUCAUCACCAACUAUAAAGAGCUCAGAGCUUCGCUUCUCGGGGAAGGUUACACAUUUGAGACCGAGACGGAUACCGAAUGUAUUUCCAAACUGGCCAAGUAUAUCCGUAAUCAACACCGAGAAAUCGGAUUUGUUGAGCUGGUCAAGACUGUUGUGGGGAAGCUUCACGGGUCUUUCGGUAUCCUUGUCAAGUCAAUUUCCUAUCCACAGGAGAUUAUCGCUGCCCGAAAAGGCUCGCCUCUUCUUAUCGGUGUUCGCCUCACCAACGAUAUCGAGGCCGACGUUAUUCAUAUUGAAAGUGUUAUCAAAAGAGACUCUCUGAACAUGCCAUUAAUGAAUGGAUGCAAAAGUGCGUCUGCAUCGCAUGGAAAAUACUCCUUGCCGCCAAAUCCUACCGAAUUCUUCCUUUCCUCCGACGCGUCAGCUAUUGUUGAACAUACCAAACAAGUAAUCUACCUGGAGGACGACGACAUUGCCCACAUAUGCGGCGGGCAAUUGAAUAUUGUGAGGAGCACAAAUGAUAAGUUUGGCUGCACAUGGAAGGUUCAGACCAUCGACUUGCAGCUACAAGACAUUAUGAAAGGCAGCUAUAAUCACUUCAUGCAGAAAGAGAUUUUUGAGCAGCCUGAAGCGGUUGCUAACACUAUGCGUGGCAGGUUGGAUGUUCCGCACAAGAGGAUUACGCUAGGGUGUGUUAAUGACUAUCUUCCUGCCAUUCGCAGGGGUAGACGCAUUCUAUUCAUUGCGUGUGGAACAAGCUAUCAUGCAUGCAUGGCCGUGAGAGGAACAUUUGAGUGUUUGUCUGAGAUUCCUACGGUUGUCGAAGUAGCAUCAGACUUCCUGGACCGCAAAGCCCCUAUAUUUCAUGACGAUACUUGUGUUUUUGUUUCACAGUCUGGAGAAACAGCAGACUGCCUUCUAGCUCUGAAGUACUGCCUGGAAAGAGGGGCGUUAACUCUUGGCAUUGUCAACUGCGUCGGGUCCUCCGUCUCGAGGCUUACCCAGUGUGUUAUGCACAUUAAUGCCGGUCCAGAAAUCGGGGUUGCGUCCACAAAAGCAUACACUUCGCAGUUUGUUGCAAUGACUAUGCUUGCGUUGGUUUUAAGCGAGGACGACGUCUCCAAGAAGGUGUGGCGAGAGGAAAUCAUGCAAGCACUCGCACAGUUGCCAGCUCAAAUCGAUGAAGCUCUCAAACUCGAAAAGCAGAUUAAAGGCAUCUGUGACACUCUUCAAGCUCAGAACAAUAUCUUGCUGUGGGGACGGGGAAGUCAGUUUGCUACAGCGCUAGAAGGUGCGCACAGUUUAGUCUCAGCCAUGGACCGGUGGCUGCAUACUGAAUAUUCUGUUGGCAGGUGCUCUUAA